GUGUAAAAGCAGCUUGUGCUGGUGAAUUUGAAGCAGCUAUGAGCACUAGUUAAGUAAUUUGUAAUUAAGAGUGUGAUCAAACUGAAAACUCCCUAGAUUUGGGAAUGUUUAGAUCAAUUUAGGAAACCCAGAGGUUCCUGGCUAGAGGGUCUUGCUUUUCUGCUCAGGGUCACAUUGAUCAACAAAUUUGGGGUCAAGAGAGAAUUUUUCCCUCAUGUCAGAUUGGCACAGAUACUGUGAGGUUUUUCCUUCCUCUGUGUUUCGGCUCAUGGUCCUUUUUUUCUAGAUAUCUACUGAGCAUAUAUUAACCAGCAACUUUCCCGUUGUUGCAGUGCCAGGGCACUGGCAGUACUCUGCCUUUAUAGGAUACUCAUGGUGUUUCAUGUAUUAGGCUCUGUAGUAUGUGAUGUAAGUAGCAAUUUUGGAGAUUCCUUGGGUUAACGAUUCCCUAAGAAUGUAGGAAACUUAGUUGCUUGACCCCUUCCUGUCCUAUAUUUUAAAAAACUUAACCCUGUAGCAUACCUACUGUUUUAACAGAAGCAAUUUUCCUGGGGAAAAUAUAUAGACUGAGAGGUAAGUGUAGUGCUUCAAAUGCUCUGGCAUUCUAGUAUUCCUUUAUUUUUUUGUGAUCAUAUGUUGACCAGAACUCUUGUUUUUUGUCAACUACAUGUUACAAUUGACACUUGAUUUCCUGCCCCCUUCCUCCCCCACACACAUUUUAAGGAUUUUUCUUUCAUAUUACCUGCCCGUUCAUUAAGGAAAAGCUACAGUUAUUGCUGUCGCAUACCAACCCACAAUUUGAAAGCCCUUUGUACUUUUGGUGACUUCUUCACCAACAAGAUCUAGUUCAGACAGGCUCUCGGUGCUACAAACAUGCUAGACCUAGGCAGUGCCACAGCUAAUCAAACCCACAACACAUGUUAACUAGUCCCAGCUGCCCAGGGAAAGUACACCAUCCUGGUGUAUUUUUCCACCUCUAACUUUCAGAGAGAAGCAAGGCAACUGAUGUCUUCAGCCUCUGGUAGUUCUUGUUACUAUCCCAAAGACUCCUGGAGCUUGGGAGCAUGUCAUCACUCCUUUUCUGGAAGAGACAUUUGGCUAAUAGUGAAGAGCAGAUGUUCUUGGCAGAAGAUGGGCCUGAUUUGAUUCAUUCUCUGGACAGGCGUUGUAACAUUAAUGCUGGUGGCUCAGCAAACUAUAAAUGUGGAGAGGAAAAGAGGGGGAAGAAUGAAUGUCUAGCAACUUAUGAGAGCUUGGAUUAUUUACCUUCACACAGUGAAGCUUACAAGAAGUGGCUACAGGAGAAAGCAUACAGAACUGACUGGGAUCGAUGGCUGUUGAUGGGGCUAAUUGGAAUAGGAGUGGGAAUGCUGGGAUUUCUGACUCAUCAGAUAAUUGACUGUCUCAUCAAAUUGAAAUGGAAACUGGUAGAAAAUUACCUUCAGAAUGGAAACUUUCACAUGACCUGGAUUUGCAUACUUGGAUCUGGACUGGCCAUGAUUGUUGUAUCUUCAGGAUUUGUGGUGUUCUUUUGCCCAGCAGGUGUACCAUGUGGACUACCAGAAGUCAUUGGGUUUCUGAAUGGGGCUUCUAUCCAACAUAUUUUUAAUAUCAAGACUUUUCUGGGAACAUUUGUGUCUUGUGUGUUAGCUGUGGCAUCUGGACUCUUUUGUGGACCAGAGGGCCCUAUGAUUCAUUUGGGUGCAAUAAUAGGUUGCGGUCUGAGCCAGUUGAAGUCAGAUACUCUGGGAAUUCAUCUCCCCUUCUUCACAAGGUUUCAGAAUUCAGCUGAUAAGAGGAAUUUCAUUACGGCCGGUGCAGGAGCAGGGAUAGCUUCAGUGUUUCGUGCUCCAGUGGGUGGCCUCUUGUUCACACUAGAAGAAGUGGCUUCGUUCUGGGACAUCAGACUGGCCUGGCAAACCUUCUUCUGUUGUCUGAUGGCCACAUUCACUACGGAUUUACUCUCCUCUUCCCUUGAUGGAUUUGUUUACAGAGGUCAUUUUGGAUUUUUUGAAGCAGAGAAAGGAAUUUUAUUCUGGGUUAAGAAUUUACUGGAUUUGAGCAUCUUGGCCUUCAUUCCAACCAUUUUCUUAGGCAUCCUUGGAGGCCUGUUAGGAGCGCUUUUUGUUUCCCUAAAUAUAAAGAUAAAUAAACUACGCAUGCGAUUUUUUAGCUCAAUUUCCAAAUUGUUCCUCAGAAAAACAAGCAAGCUGUUGGAUUCAAUGAUGAUUCUUGUAUGUACAGUCACCAUUACAGUCUAUUUGCCGUACUUCUUUCCUUGCACUCCAGUUAGGACCCUGAGAACGUCUCAGCUGAAAAACAAUACAGAAAUCACAAAACAAUUCAAGAGGGAAAUUGCAGAAUAUACUUGUACACCUGCCACACCAUGGAUUGGGCCAGAUGGAGUCAAAUAUUACAAUCAAACUUUUAACCAAGCUGCUGCACUCCUAGCUGAGAAUGGGAGGAGAGGAAUUGCGUACCUGUUCAGACGUGGGACUCAUGAAGAGUUUGGAUACACCUCUCUCUUCACAGCUGUGGCAUUUUAUUUCCUUCUCUCCUGCUGGACUGCAGGUUCUGCUGUUGCUAGUGGCUUGGUCAUACCCAUGCUGUACACAGGAGCUUUAUACGGCAGGAUAGUUGGCCUGAUCCUUGUAUCCAUUUCUGGUGUUCAGACUAAUGGAUAUGGGGCAUGGAUUGACCCAGGACUCUUUGCUGCAAUUGGAGCUGCCUCUUUUGUAAGCGGUGUGUCAAGACUAACAGUCUCCCUCACAGUUAUCAUGAUAGAGAUCACAAAUGAUGUGCAGUCCCUGUUGCUCGUGAUGGUGGCUGUCAUGGUGGCCAAGAUGAUCGGUGACUGGUUUAACCUGCCCUUGUACAGUUCCUUACUGAAGCUGAAAUGCAUUCCCUAUUUAGACUCGGAACCUAUUGCUAGCCAGAGGAAAAAAUGGUUAAACCUGGAAUUAUUCUCUGCCAGAGAUGUCAUGGAGCCUUGUGUCAGAGUCCUUCACUUAAAAGAAAAAAUUGUUUCAUUGGCUCAGCUCCUUGCUAACACCAGCCAUGGUGGAUUCCCAGUGGUUUACAAAUCUGAGCCAGACCAAGCAGAGGUGUUCCUGGGAACGAUUACAAGGUUAGAGCUGUGCAUGCUGCUGGAAAAUGAACCCAUCUUUGAAACUGAGACUAAUGAGGACACUUUUUCCUGUGAUCUGCUUCUCUCCUACCAAAAGAUAACAGUGGAGAAGUUGCCUGAUCCAUCCCGGACAGCCAUGCUGCUGAAUCACUACAGUGCAGAUCCUCGGUAUCAGCGACUCUUCAUCAAUCUGGAGCCAUACAUAAACAAAUCAGCGGUGUCAGUUCAGGCUCAUUUCUCGCUGCAGCGCACAUACAUCAUUUUUCGGACCCUGGGGCUUCGCCACCUGACAGUUGUUGACCUCCAGAACCGAGUUGUUGGGAUAAUCACCAGGAAAGAUCUGAUGCCUUUCCAGCUGGAGGAGAGGUUAGGCCUCCAGCUGGCAUCACAAAGACUUGACUUGGAUGAGUAGCCGUUAGAGUUAGGGAAAGAGAACAACCCAUGAGAGUGGUGUUUCUUAAGUUUUCCACUUCAAUUUCCUUUCAUGUAUAGAUGGAGAGGGGAGGAGGUAUCCCAUAUAUUCACCUGUCUUUGAAGAGCUCUGCUCUUGACUACAUUUCUUUCCAUGUUUGUAGCUAUUAGAACAGAUUCUCUUUCUUUACGCCCACCUGGAAUAAUUAAAUUUGCUGUGAAAGUAAGACACAGAAUAAAUUUACUCAAUAGUGAAACAGCUUAAUAAAUUUUGGAUGUAGUUAUUUUGUAUAUUACAGCUUAUUUGGAAAGGUUCUCAGAACACAAUAUAGAAGGUGGCCUUAUUUCUUCUUUGUUACUUGGUUUCAAAUGGUACGUGGUUCACAUUUUGUUCUGCUGCAUAACAAUUUCCCACAGAACUGCAUAUUAAAACUUGUAAUU